GAGGAUUUAGUUUACUGGUUGGCUCCUAACAGGGAGCACCUAUUAUAAAUUCUAUUUCAAAUAAAAAAUUGCAAUAUUCUUUCGUGCAAUAAAUUGUUAUUAUUAAAAUCAUAUACUAUAUUUAGUGAAUUUUGUUUAUUUUUGUCUUUAAAUUAAAUUUAAAUAAAAUCUCACCAAGGAAAAUAAAAUGAAAAAAGACGUAAAAAGUGAAAGACAAAAGAUAAUUUUUUAAAUAAAAAUAAUAAAAAAAUGAUAAAAAUAUAUUCGUAGUAACAGUACUGAGUACUCUUAACAUUUGAUUUAGUUAAUAAUAACAACAAAAGAUAAACCACAUUGUGCAAAAAAUAAAAGAGUGUUUAAAAGAAAAAAAUAUUCUCAUAUUUGUUGUUGCUAUUCGACAGCUGUCUGAAAUUAAAUUCACACUUAUUAGUUCUUUUCUAACAUACACGUGAGCUCAUUUCAUUUAAUUUGAAUAUAAUAAAAAAAAAUAACGCAAAUUGUAUAUAUAAAGCACAACAAUGGAUCUUAGACAAUUAGAAGAAGAUGAGUCUAGUCGUUUAUAUCCACCACUCACAAAGAUGGAAAUUUGCACCAACACCACCGGCAAUAAUACUCAACAAUGUACUGAAAAAGUACCAAUAACAAUUAACAACAAAAAUACCAGAAUUAAGAGUUACAUCGAGAAACCUCAAUGGGGUAAACUAUUGACACUGGUGGGUUAUGCUUCAACAUUCGGUGCUGCUGUACCGGUGGGCUAUUGCAUUGGUGUGAUAAAUAGUCCGGCUACGCUUGUUAAAUCUUGGUGCCGGGAAAGUUUACUGCAGCGUUAUGAUUCCUAUUUAAAUGACUCCAAUUUGGAUGUGUUAUGGGCUUCUAUAGUAUCGGUGUUUUUGGUGGGUGGCGCCAUAGGCUCUUUAGGAGGAGCUGGUGCUGCCAAUAAGUUUGGAAGAAAAGGCUGUUUCUCAUUAGUGUUACUCUUUGCCCUAGGAGCCAUUUUAUUCUUUUUCUGUCGCAUGGCCAAUUGUGAAAUGUUAAUUUUAGGACGUCUUUUAGUAGGUUUAGCCUCUGGUCUAACCACCGCCACUUUACCCAUGUAUCUAACGGAAAUUGCUCCUUUAGUAUUACGCGGUACAUUGGGUGUAUUUUGUGCCGUUGGUGUCACAGGAGGCGUGGUUGUGGGUCAAGUUUUUAGUUUGAGAAAUAUAUGAACUGCUGAGCUAUGGCAUUAUGCUCUCAGUUUCUAUAUAGUUCUAGUGAUAAUCUGUUAUCUACCUUCAUAUUACUUCCCCGAAAGUCCCAAAUAUUUGUAUAUAGUACGCGGUAAUCGCGAGGAAGCUCAACGUGAACUUUUACGCUUAAGAGGUCCUAAUGCUGAGGCUAUCAUUAAACAAGAAAUUGAAGAAAUGGAUUUGGUUAAUGCUAAACUACAGACCAGUAGUUUUGGUUCGGUACUCAGAGAUCCUGCCUUAUUUUGCCUUUAUUAAUAGUCUGUAGUGUUUCAUGGUGGUCAACAGUUGUCGGGUAUAAAUGCGAUUUUCUAUUACUCGGUGUCUAUAUUUGAAAAAGCUGGUCUUUCUACUGCUGAUGCUGAGUGGGCCAAUUUGGGUGCUGGUUGCUUAAAUUUGGCCACUUUUCUGGGCCCUUUACUUAUGGCCAAAGUUAAUCGCCGUCCUUAAUGAUGUUUCUCUAGUGCCGUCUGUGCUGGUUUUCUUUUCACCAUUGCCUUUGUUUUACAUUAUAUUGAAGUAGCUAGUUGGUUCCCCUUGGCUUGUAUUGUUUGCAUUAUGGGCUAUAUAUUUUAUCAAUUCGGUUUGGGGUCCCAUACCAUAUUUAUUGGUUCUGAACUUUUUGAAGUAGCUCCUCCUGUUGCCAUGUCUAUGGGUAGUUUAGCUUCUUGGUCGUGUAAUUUUAUUAUAGGUAUGGCUUUUCCUCCACUCUCCAAUGCCUGGGGUGCCUUUGUCUUCUUGCCAUUUUCGGUGACCUGUACUCUGCUCUUUGUUCUUAAAUUCUAUUUACCCGAAACUCGCGGUAAAGAUCCCUCAGAAGUAGCACCUUUGGUAGCCAAAGGUUUUCGUUCUAAAGUGCAAUAAUUAUUAUAAAUAAAUAAUAAAUUAUAUUAAUUUUAAUAAAACUUUUAUAAGAUUUAAGUUGAAGCCUGUAUCUUUGUUCUAGCUAAUUAACUCAAGUGUUCAAAAUUUAUAUGGAAAAUUGUAACAAUAAUAUGUAAAGUGAUAAUGUUUAGGGGUUUUACUAUAUAAUGAUGCUUUAAAGUAACUUCUUGGUUAUAAAGUUUUUUUUUAUGAAAAUUUCUAAUUAUUUUAUUUUGUUUUAUUUCUAAACAUAAUUAGUUGGUAGCACAAUUUUAAAUAUAAAUUUUAGCUAAUAUUUUU